AUGAACAAGCAUUUUUUGAUCAGCAUUGUGCUAGCCAUUGGGGCAAGUGCUCGGCUGUCUCUUGAUAUGAUAAAGGAGCUGCAGAGCAUCAAAAUCCAAACGCUGGACGGGCACAUUAUUAUAAACCACAAAGGCCCCUUGAAUAUGCUUCGCGGAUACAUCUAUCAUCAUCAAGGCCUUAUGCACAAAAAGCGGUUCUUUUCAUCGGAAAUCGAAACUAGCUACAGCUUUCUUCUAAACAAAGGUGCUAAAGACGAGGCGGACUCAUACCGGUAUAAAAGAAAGCCCGUCUGUGACAAGCCGUAUGGCGCUGAGGCGGGCAGAGGCAUUUCCGACCCAGAACAGCAAAGCAGCGUUGAGUAUCACACCGCUCUUAUUAGGAUGUUCCCUUCGCAGAACAGCAGCCUCUCCAUUGAAGGCGGGAGAGCCGAUGUAUUCACGCGGUUUAUUCGGUCUACCAUCGCGCAGAACCAGGUGCCCGGCCUUCUUGCAGCCCUGAUUUUGCUCAGCGAAGGCGUUGACGUGGACAUUGAGUGCAUAGAAGACGAGAUAGUUGUAAACAGGCGCCUUCUCGCGCAUGCGGUGGUUGAUAGCAGUAUUGCGUUUAAAAUGCCCGUCAACAUUGAAGUGCAUAGUGAAAAGAGCCAGAAAUCAAAAAAAGUCAGACAGAAAGAGGCCAUUUCUGUUAUAAACUUCUUCAAGGCCAGCCGCCUGUCUGAGCCGCUUCCCUCAAGACUGGGCGCGUUUAUGACGGGGAAGUUUCUAAACAGCCCGCAGUUUUUGAUUCAAGCAUACUUGUUUGAGUUUUUAGACAGCGUGAAAGGCGCGCAUGAUGUUGUUUUUUGCGUGUACAAAAUGCUUCAUAGCAUGCUGGGCCAAAAUGGAUGGACCCAAGCACGAGAGGAAAACGAUAGAAGCGUGCGCAGAGUUCUUGACAGAUGCUUCAUGCCGGACUGUUUUCUUGGCAACGCAUUGAGAUACAUUGGCAUAUGCGACUUCAUACAGGGGAACGAAAUGGGCCGCAAGCCCUUUCCAUUCACAGAAAAUUUUUGCUUGCCCGUGUUUACGCAGAUUCCGCCAUACAGCAGGAAAGAAAAAAGCUUUUGCGUGGACCAUUCCAAAGACUUUAGCAACUGCGCAGAGACAGGCCUAUACGCGCUUUUCUGCGCGAUUGCAUACGACCCUACAAAGGGAGAAUAUCGCCUAGACGCAAUACCAAGGGCGUCAGAAAGCUUGAGAGCAUUCUUCGUGAAGCACCCAAGGCCAGCGGUGUUUACGAGCUUGGAAAUUCAUAAGGACUGGAGCAGGGUUGUCUCUGAUCUGAAGUGCGCCCGAAUUGUGUACAAUAAAGGCAGAAACGAGCUCCGGAGCGGGGUUUUGAACUUUCUACUGGUUAUAGCGCAGAUAACAGGCCGGCUUGGCACCGAAGAGCAACCGAUAUACGAGCUUCUAUCUGCAAUAAAAAGCAAGGACGAGCUCUCUGCCGCUGCGCAGAAAAAGGCAAAAAUAUACACAGAGCAAACCCUUAGGCUGAUUUCUACCAACCCCCAGCUAACUAUAUCCUGCUCUAAUCUCAGAAUAGAGUCGCCUAUUGGAAAAGCCCCAGACCUGUACGGAGAAAUUUCCUUCACGGUUGCGGCCGGCUCUAGCCAGCCCGGCUUUGGGAUGGAUUUGAUAGUGCGCCCUGGGCAUACAUCUCUCAAAAUUCCAGGCAGCCCCUCCAAUCACAUUACACCGGAAAGAAUGCAAGCUUUGGAAAACAUAUAUAUGCGCUAUGCAAACAAAAACACCUUUAUUGGUUGUCUUUUUUCUUACCACAUUGGAAAUUACACCUCUUGGGGGAGCAACAGUGUAAAGUUCACUGAAAAAGAGAUAGAUCGAGCAGCAACCCAAAUUCUGGAGUCUCAAGAUGCAAGUGUCAACAAGGCCUUGCUGAUAAGAGGGCUCCACAGGUUCGAAAUCAAGUGCCUGGUUGUGGAAAGAGUGUGCUUUCUUCUGAAGUCUAGACGUGGCGAGCUUUCUACCAAGGAGCCGCUGGCCCGCUUUAUAUCCAACAUAAUUGGAAGUACGCCGCUCAACGACCAGCACGUGCAGAAGUACAUUUUGAACUCGCUCUUUUUCACAAACGAGCUGAAAAACCUCUGCCCAACCGUGCAGCUGUCUGAGUCCAGCUGGCAAUGCUUCUUCAUGCAGUCUGUCAGAACCGGGUACAUUCUUGAUUAUUCAUCGUAUGCCGAGUUUGUCCCUCUUCUUAUGAGCUACAUAAGAAUGUAUUCUCGCGUGGCAAAUGAGCCUUUUUCUAAGUGCACUAUUCUUUACGGAGGCUACUGCACAGGGUGCCUGUUCUUUAAUUUGACUAUGAACAACCGGACGGCCUAUAUAAAGGAAGUGGCAGACCUUCUUCUGUCCGAGCGCAGUGAAGUGGGAUAUCAUAUGAAACGGACUCUGGACUGCAUCUGGUUUAUCCAUGCAUGCAGCAAAAAAAGAGACGCCACGCGCUUGAUUGAAGAACUGUACGACUCAAUUGACGAGGAUAUUUCAUACAAUAGAAACUAUCCAUUUUCCUUGGCUUUUAUCAAAUACAAGCAAUCAACUAUCUCCACGCUGGAGGAAAUGAAGGGCGAACUAUGCAAGCGCAAGGGCGGCAUAGGUAAGUUUGAGCAUAUUAUGGAAAUGUUUACAGGGCUUACCGAGCGCGAGUGGUGCCUUUAA